AUUUAUAUUUUGCCUCAGCAAUUCUCGCAGCUCGCAGGUGUUUUACAGUGUAGCGCAUAGCGGACUUCCCGGUGACCAACUUGUGUGAGGAUGUGUUUACUGUUUUGCCAAAGGAGUCCUCUGAUAGGAUAGCAUAAUUUAUUUUCCCGUGUUUGUGGUAGAAUGUAGGUUUGCUCUGUUUAUCGGCCGUUUUUCUACGACAUGUCAUCGAUCAGCUGCAUAUGCUGCGCCGACUGUUUGGUACUUUGGUAUCGUCUCUCGUCACAUAUUCAUACUAUUCAUAGUUCAUACUAAAUUUCCGAUUGGCGAUUACUGACAUACCGUGUAGAUUGUUGAUGCAUAAUUGUAGUAAUUUGUGUAUUAUAGUAUCGUUUUAUUUCUUUGUAUAAUAUAGUAUUAUAAUCUUAACAUUCGAUUUUGAAACGGUAAGUCAAUAGUAUCCCGUUCUGUUUAUGAUGUGAAAACGAAUUUUCCAUCAUCUAAGUACGUUCAAAUAUAGUAUAAACAAUAUGUAACGACAACUAUUACGUUGCCGCUAUCGAUAUCGCUACACCGUUGUACGUACGAACUGACCGCCACAAUAUUAAUGUAAAAUUGAUUACAACACAUAUUAGUUGCUUGACAAUCAACCAAGAUGGGUCAAUUUAUAAGUACAAGUCACAACGACAACAGCAAUGAUGAGCUUAUUAAUUCAUUAAUUAGGAGAGAGUAUAUACAUACAAUUAAUGUGGAAAAAGCAUUCAGAUGUGUCGACCGUGGCUUUUAUUAUACCAGUGGUAGUAAACAAAUCGCCUAUAGAGACAAUGCUUGGCAAUCGGAUAAAAUUCAUUUGUCUGCACCGAGUGUUUAUGCUACUGUUUUAGAAUGUUUGGAUUUGCACAAAGGUCAUGUGUUUUUAAACAUUGGUUCUGGAGUAGGGUACUUUAGUACUCUAGCUGGUCUUCUAUUGGGCGUUAAUGGUGUUAAUCAUGGAAUUGAAAUUCAUAAGUCUCUAAUAGAUAUUGCAUAUACUAAGUUAGAUGAGUUUAAACAAAAUGCUGCAGCAAUUGAUUAUUUUGAAUUUUGUGAACCAGUAUUCAUCGAAGGAAAUGCAUGUGAACUGUCAUCAGUAGGUUACUAUGAUCGAGUUUACUGUGGAGCUGGAGUACCACCAGCUGAAUCCUCAUUCAUGAAAGCUCUUAUUAAAAUUGGUGGUGUAAUAGUUAUGCCAUUAGAAGGGUUCCUUGUAAAAAUAAUAAGGACAGAUGAAUACACAUGGAAAACACUUGAUGUUUUAGAAGUAUCAUUUACAGAUCUUGUUGUGCCUGAAAAAUGUGAUAAAAUAAAAGUUACAAAAUUUCCUCCUGUUGAACCAUGGAGUUUACAAGAGUUAUGCAGAUCAAACAUACGUGCAUUCAUACGAGAUAGUUUGAAUGAAAGUAUCCCCACUUUACAAAUGCGCACCAAGUGUCAGCCAGAUAAAAGUUAUGAUCAAAAAUUUUUUAGCCUUGAUGAUCCGUCUGGUCAUUUUGUUCGUAUACAAUAUGGUGCUACUGGAGAUGGACUAGUUAAUUUACGCAGCAUUGUAGAUACAUUUGCUGGUUUAGAUGAGGCUAUAUCAGAUGUGGGUUCAACAUCAGAGACUGAGGCUAACGGAGGAAACAAUGAUGGUGAUAACAAUAGUGUUAAUGAUGAUGAUGAUGAUGAUGAUGAUGAUGAUAAUGAUGAUAAUAACGAAGAAAAAAAUACAAGUAAACAAUGUGAUAAACAUUUACUUAAUAAAGUUGAAUCAGAUACUAAAAGGAAAUCAUCAGAAGCUGGAUGUUCUGAACAAAAUAAAACAUUGCCUGGAAAACCAGAAAACACAAAAAGAAUGAAAAUGAACACAUCUUCUGCAGUCAAAAAUCUUGAAAACAGUCUAUCUACUGAUAGUACCAGUGAUUCAUCUAUAUUUAGUGAUUUACCAUCUGACGAUGAUGAAGAUGAUGAUGGUGAUUCUGAAAGUUGGGUAUCAACUGAUGAUAAUGAUGACGGUUCAAUGCAAAAUCGUAAUUUUGGUGGAAUCUAUAACUCUUUAUUUCAUGGUGAUAGUAGUCCUGAUAGUAGCGAUUCUGAUUGUGAAGCUGCUAGAGAUUUGGAAUUGUACCGCUUUCUCGGUGAACGAAAAGACAAUCGGUUGAGCCAACUUUUAAAGGUUAAUAUUGAUAAGUUACCAGUACCAAUUUUACUCAAGCAGUUUCUCAAUUAUAAAAAAAAGUAAUUUGGUUUUUGGUGGUUUAUUAAUCAUUUUUUUAUUAUAUUAUUCAAUUAUUUAGUUCUUAAAUUUUUUAUUUUGUGUAUAUAAUAUAUAUUUAUUAACUAUACCUUUUUCUAGUAAAGUUGUUAUCAUAAGAACUUUAAAAUGAUUUGUACAUUAUUAACUAGUAGUCGUAAACAUAUUACAUUUCGAAUUUCUUUAAGUAUUUAUUGUUUAAACAAAGUAACAGUUAUUUUCGAAGAAUACAGGAAGAACAUCUGAACUUUUUAAAAUGUGUAAAAAAAAAAAAAAAACAUAAAUAUAUAUAUUAUAUUAUGUUGUAUUAAGGUUUAUUUGAAGCUUGAUUAUUACAUCUUUUUUUUUUUUUUUUGAAAAUGUAUAAUUUAUGUUAAUUUAUUUAGUUUUAAAACAACAAGGAUAUCAUAAUAUUGUCAGACUAUUUAAUGUUGCAAUGAUCAUUUUUUAUAAAUUAUAAUAAUUCAAAUGUGCUAAAUGUUUUUGCAUUUAUGUAAUCAUCAAUAAAAAAAAAGUUUUCAAGAUGA